AUGAAUUCCUUCCUUUUGAUUAUCGUGUUUGUUCAUCUUAGUUGGAUUUCUCUAAGUCUGAGCGCAGAGACAGUGUGUAUUGAAAGUGAGAGAGAGACACUGUUGAAGUUGAAGCAUUAUCUCAUUGAUCCUUCAAAUAGACUUUUUUCUUGGAAUGCUUCUCUCAAUCCCAAUUGUUGCCAUUGGUAUGGAGUUCUCUGCAACAACGUCACAUCUCAUGUUGCAGAGCUUCACCUCACCACUCCUCUUCCGCUUUACAUUGAAAUCCUAGGUGAUAAUGUUUUAGAAGAAGCAUUGGAAAAGUAUGAAGAAGUUUAUGAUGACGAAGAAGUUGAUGAAGAAGCAUACAAAGAGUACAGUAAAAGGGCAUUCCGUGGAGAGAUAAAUCUUUGUUUGGUUGAUUUGAAGCAUUUGAAUUACUUGGAUUUCAGCGGCAAUCUAUUUGGUAGGAAGCCAAUUCCUUCUUUCAUUGCAACAAUGACUUCCUUAACUCACCUCAACCUUUCCCGUGCUGGAUUCAUGGGGAACAUUCCUCUUCAGAUUGGAAAUCUCUCCAAUUUGCUAUAUCUUGAUUUAAGUUAUGCUGCCAACGGAGCAAUUCCUUCCCAGAUAGGAAAUCUCUCCAACUUGCUCCACCUCGACCUCAGAGGAUAUUAUUAUGAAUAUCUAUUUCAUGAAAAAGUUGAUUGGUUGUCAAGUCUUUCCAAGCUUUCUUAUCUUGACUUGGGCAACACUUGGUCACUUGGAAGAGGUAUGCCAAUUCCUUCUUUUCUUGGCUCAAUGACCAACUUAAUUCACUUGGAUCUUUCUCAUUCUGGAUUUAGGGGCAACAUUCCUCCCCAGAUUGGUAAUCUUUCCAAUCUGGCGUAUCUAGACUUACGUUAUGUUGUCAAUGGAACUAUUCCCUUUCAAAUUGGAAAUCUCUCCAACUUGCUUUUCCUCAAUCUUCGAAGUGAUUAUUAUAUUGACCAAACUUUGUUUGUUGAAAAUGAUGACUGGUGGUCAAGUCUUUCAAAACUUGAAUAUCUUGAUUUGGGAGGUGCAAACCUAUCUGAAUCAGUUCAAUUGCUUCACACCCUUCAAGUUCUUUCUUCUUUGAAGCACUUACAUUUGUCAGAAUGUACAUUCUCUUCGUAUAAUCAACCAUCCUUUGUUAACUUAUCGUCUCUCCUCACUCUUGAUAUUUCCUAUAUUUCUCAUCAUUCUAUAAUUUCUUUAAUUCCCGAUGGUCUUAGAAACCUUACACUCCUUGAAAAUCUUAAUUUGCAUGGAAAUUCAUUAUCAUCUUCUAUACCUCAUUGGCUUUUUGGUGCUCUUUCUCAUCUCAAGUUCUUGGACCUAUCCUAUAACAACUUACAAGGAGUUAUUCCUGAUGUCUUAGGGAACUUGACUUCUCUAAUUGCACUUUAUAUGGUAGGCAAUCAACUCAAAGGUCCAAUCCCAAGUUCUUUAGGAAAGGUGACCUCUCUAGUUAGACUUGAUUUAUCACACAAUCAACUUUCAGGCAAUCUAACACUAGAUUAUUAUGACAACAAAGUUGAUGGUGAACAUCCAAAAUCAGUUGGAAAACUUUCAUCAUUGAGAGUUCUUAGCUUGUCCUCAAAUCAACUUGGUGGAAAUCCAUUUAAAAGUCUUGGAUCACUCUCUAAGUUGUUAUACCUUGAAAUUGAUGACAAUCAUUUUCAAGGAGUUGUAACUGAAAGUCAUCUUGAAAAUCUUACAAGCUUGAAAGAGUUUUAUGCAUCAGGAAACAAAUUGACUUUAAAAGUGGGUCGUCAUUGGCAUCCUACUUUCAAACUUACCCAUUUGGAUAUGAGCUGUUGGCAAUUAGGUCCCAACUUUCCAUCAUGGACUCACUCACAAAAUAAACUUCAACAUUUGGUGAUGUCGAAUUCAGGGAUUCUAGAUUAUAUUCCCCAUUACUUCUGGGAGGCUUGUUAUUCGCUUGAAUAUUUAAACCUCUCUAAUAAUCAUAUUCAUG